AUGAACGGCGACCAGCCCCAGCCCGUGACGAAAGCCUCCACCGCCCUCCCACUACCCUACCGCCUCCUCCUGGUAGUCCUCGAACCAUUCUUCUGCCUCAACGGAGCCCGCAUGGUCUUCUUCGACCCCGUGGACUACACGGCCAAGAUCACGCGCGGGACCGCGACCUACGAUCCUGCCAACCAGUACCUGUACACACAGCUCGGCGGCGCCUGGCUGCUCUUUGGCGUCGCCGAGGUACUGUUGCUGGGCGUUCUUGAUGAUUUGCGCGUCUGGCGCCUGCUGUGCGCCGCCAUGCUGGUCAGCGACGUCGUGUACCACGUCAGCUCGGUGCAGGCGGUCGGGGGGUGGGAGAAGUUUGUUGCGUUUGGGGAGUGGGACGUUUUCGAGUGGGCGGUUUUUGCGUCGGCCGUGUUGCCGAUGCUUGUGAGAGUGUUGGUGGUGCUUGGGGUGGGGGUGGACUUGAAGAGGAGGGAGGUGGUUGGUGGCAGUUGGGGAGGGAAUGGCGAAAAGGGGAAGGGGAAGAGGCAGUGA